AUGGCAACUAUGGGUUCAUACGCUUCAGAAUUCCCCGAAUACUGCAAUGAACAGGUCUUCCAACAAAAUCGUUUGCCUACGCGAUCUUAUUGGAUUCCUGAAGAUGCUCUUCUUUUGAACGGGAGCUGGGAUUUUCAAUACGCACCAACGCCAUUUCACGAAGUUGACAAGUGGAAACCGAUUGAAGUGCCGGCUCAUUGGCAAUUGCAAGGUUACGGGAGCCCUCAUUAUACCAAUGUCCCGUAUCCGUUCCCGAUCGAUCCACCCUUUGUUCCAACUGAGAAUCCAGUUGGGACUUACAAAAGGUCGUUCCGGGUUCCACCGAGCUGGACAGUUCCUUCCCAGAUUCGAUUGAGGUUUGAUGGUGUUGACAGUGCUUUUCACCUGUUUGUCAAUGGAAAGCAGAUUGGAUACAGCCAGGGAAGUCGAAAUCCUGCCGAAUUUGAUAUUACCGAUCAUGUCCUUCUCGAGGAGGACAAUCAAGUUAUCGUUCGGGUAUACCAGUAUUGUGAUGGGUCGUAUCUUGAAGAUCAGGAUCAAUGGUGGCUAUCAGGUAUUUUCCGGGAUGUCUACCUUCUAGCUUUCUCAGCUACCGCGAGAAUCGAAGACUUUUUUGUGCAGACUUGGCUGGAUGACUCUUACAAAGAUGCCACAUUGCAGAUUGGUCUUGAGCUUCACCUUGAAACUAAUUCGACAAUCGGUAUCAAAGUCCGAGACCAUGAUUCCUCUCUCGUCGGACAGACACAAGAGUCAGUAUCUGCUGGAUCUCCAUCCUUACAGCUAAAACUGCCUGUGUCGGGUCCUCAGAAGUGGACAGCAGAAACACCCUAUCUUUACGGCCUUGAGAUUACCCUCAUGUCCACAGAUUGCAAGCCCCAAGUGAUUAAACACAAGGUCGGCUUCCGGCAGGUGGAGCUUCUAAAUGGAAAUGUCACAGUGAAUGGCAAAGCAAUUCUUUUCCGUGGCGUCAAUCAUCACGACUUCCACCCAUCAAGUGGACGUGCCGUCCCAUUGGAAUUUCUUAGGCACGAUCUCAUCUUGAUGAAGCAACAUAACAUCAAUGCUGUCCGCUGCUCCCAUUAUCCUUCCCAUCCCAGAUUUUACGACCUCUGUGACGAGAUAGGAUUGUGGGUGAUUGACGAAGCCGAUCUAGAAUGCCAUGGUUUUAUUCGAGGCGAUGUGUGCAUGAAGAAUGUACCCAGCGAGGUCUGGCAGAAAGACGGGGCCGAUUCAAUUGAGGAGUAUCUCAGUCCUACAUUGGCCAAGUAUACCAGUAACAAUCCUGCUUGGCAGGAAGCAUACCUGGAUCGUAUUCGACAAAUGCUUCAACGAGACAAGAAUCACGCCUCAAUUAUCAUCUGGAGCCUCGGGAAUGAGGCCUGGUAUGGAUGCAACCAAGUCGCCAUGUACGAGUACGCCAAGAAGCAUGAUCCCACACGGCUCGUCCAUUACGAAGGAGACAGGAAGGCCGAAACGACAGACAUGUGUUCAUACAUGUACCUUGAACUCAGUAAUAUGGAACAGAAGGCAUUGGCGGAAGGUGACGAGUUCACCAAGCCCAUCAUCCUGUGUGAGUACGGAAUGGCACUUGGGAACGGACCGGGAGCAUUGGAGGAAUACCAGGAAAUGUUUUACAAAUACCGGCGACUGCAAGGAGGAUUCAUCUGGGAGUUUGCAAAUCUCGGGUUGUGGAAGGAAGACAAAGGCUACUACGGCUAUGGAGGAGACUUUGGGGACUAUCCAAACGAUGCAACCUUCGCCUUGGACGGCCUUUGCCUGUCCGACCACUCGCCCGGCCGUGGCAUGAUCGAGCUCAAGAAAGUCCUCGAGCCGGUUAAAAUCAGGGUCAUUGAUGGUGAUGUGUCGCUUCACAACCUACACGACUUUGAUUGCCUUAAUAAUCUUACACUCGUUGUGGAAUUAUUGAAAUUCAAUGGCCGUGAACAAGAGAUAAUUCUUCUGGAUCGCAAGCCAUGUCCUACCGUCGGGCCCUCCGAGACGACCACCAUGCCUCUCCCAGAGCUUCCUGAUAUCGAGAAAGUUGUUCUGGAAUGCCAGAUAAACAUCAGCCUUGAGGUGGAUAAUCCUACCGUAUGGGCACAAAGUGGCCAUGAAAUCGCAUGGUGCCAACACUUAGUCACAAGACGCGAAUGGACAAUCUUGCCCGCUGUGGUCCAGCGUAAGCCGGUUGAAGUUCAAGAAUCUAAAACCUCCUGGACGGUCACAGGGUCCAACUUCUCUAUUCAGUUUGACCGGGUCAGAGGCUGUUUAGCUGGCUGGAGACUUGGUGGUCAAUCGGUGUUCACGUCAGCACCCACCCUUGGAGCCUGGAGACCCCCAACAGAAAAUGACAAAAAGUACGACGCGGCACGAUGGAGUGACUAUGCCCUGGACAAUCUCCAACGUCGUGUAAUCUCCGCCUCUCUCCUGUCUCUCAGCCCAGACCGUCUAGAUAUCAUCGUCGAGGCUUAUGUCGGGGCUGUCAUUCGGGAUUGGGGCUUUGUGACCACAAUCACGUACUCGAUCCACGGAGACGGCACAAUGAUCAUCGACCACCAGAUUCGUCCUCGUGGGUUCUUUCCUCCUAUCCUCCCCCGCUUAGGUCUUGAUAUGCAGCUGCCCCCUGAUUUCGAGACCGUGGACUGGUUUGGAUGUGGGCCGGGAGGAGUCCUACGCCGAUAA